AUGCCGCUGUUUUCCGCUUGGAGGCCGGAGAGUAUAAUAAAAUCCAUUUGCUCUUCGCCCCUCAAUGUUCACAAAAAUGAUUUGGGUCUAACCUUAGACCUUUCAUAUAUAACCAACCAGCUCAUUGUGUGCUCCUAUCCAGUAGUCAGCUACCCCAAGCUACUGUACAGAAAUAGUCUCAGGGAUUUGGUGUCGUAUCUGUCCUUAUACCACGGAUUUGGAAAUUGGAAGAUUUACAACUUCAAAGUAGAGCGCGGGGGUUCUGAUUACAGUGAUGAAAAUCUGGCUUCGGCCUUAACCGAACAUAGUCCCUCAUUGAACAGCCCAGAAUCAUUCUCUCACAAUUCGUUCUCCCAAGGAACCUGGUCAAGCAGCUCGCCAAGAGAGGGAUCUACAUUCUCAUUUUCCGCCCUUUCACCAAAUUCAAGCCUUUGCAUAGAAAGAUUCGGGUGGCUUGAUCAUUCCCCGCCACCUUUUUUACUUCUGCAGCAGAUUGUGGACGACGUGCACGAAUAUCUAUCUGCAGAUCCCAAUCGAGUAGCUCUUUUGCACUGCAAGAUGGGAAAAGGUCGGUCUGGAUCAAUCGUUGUUGCCUACCUUAUGAAGUUUAUGAAUUGUUCAUUACGCGAAAGCCGUGAUAUUUUUAUGAACAACCGCUUUAGAGCUGGCAUAACCCGCGGCGUCACCAUAAAAUCUCAACUAAGAUACCUCAGUUAUCACGAACUGUUUCUGCACUUGGGUCAGCCAACUGAAAGGUCCGACAUCCUCACCGAAAUAGCUCGAUCUCGUUUCAGAAUCACCAAAAUUGACUUCUUAAAUCCGCUUCCGCACUUGGGCCAGGAUCUCAAUAGCUGUAGCAUAGUCGUGAGAGUACAUGUGUACAACCGCUCGCGCAAUGGGUUGUAUGAGCUCCUCGAAACCGAUUGUGACGGAGUAUUUCACGACGAGAAACUGCAUCGACGUAAAACUUCUGUCACUGUAGAUACCUGUAUGUCAGGAAGUGAUGUGCGAUUUUCCUUCGGGUUGCGGUUCAGAAAUAACGAAUUUAUUGACAACGUUACUCAAAUGACGUCUAUUUCUCAUUGUUGGCUGAAUCUCUACUGGGAGACCCUCAUCUGCAGCAGGAACGAGUCUGCGUCGAGCUAUACAUUAGAAGAACUUCGGAGUGAGCAGAAUCGCAGUCGAGAUGGCAAAAGUUUUGCACUAUUCACUAUAAAGUGGGAUGACCUGGAUGGCGUCAAAGGCACUUCAAACAAAGGUGUCAAACUUUUUGAGUCCGUGACGUUACGUUGGCAACUUUUAUAA